AUGUUGUACACUAAUGUAACAAGGAUAAAAGAUUUCUUCAUCCUUGGAUUUCCUGGACUGCUACCACAGUAUUAUGGACCUGUCUCAGCUCUUCUUUUUGUGCUUUACUUGGUUAUAGCUGCAGGAAACAUUUUCAUUUUAGUGUUUGUUAAAAUUGAACAUUCUCUUCACAAACCCUCAUACCUUAUUUUCUGCCACUUGGCAUUAAGUGAUUUAUUGUUUGGGACUGUAACUUUGCCAAAAACAAUAUCCAAAUACUGGUUUAAUGACAGCAUUAUUUCAUUUUACAGCUGUUUUGUACAAAUGUACUUUGUUCACUUUUUAGGUGCAGCUCAUUCUUUCAUUCUGAUGGUGAUGGCUCUUGAUCGGUUUAUUGCAAUUUGUGUUCCACUGCGUUACACGUCACUUUUCACAAAUAUCACAGUUAAUGUGCUUUGUGGAAUAUCGUGGCUGCUACCAAUGUCAUGGAUGAUCGGUGUAAUUUUUGAUGUUUUAAGAGUACCAUUUUGUAACUCAAACAUAAUUGCUCAGUGCUACUGUGACCAUUUGUCAAUAAUAAACCUUGGAUGUGAGAAUGUGAGAGAGGUUACAAUUGUGGCAUUCAGUCUUGCUAUGUUUAGUUUGCUCUUACCUCUAAGUUUCAUUAUUUUAUCUUAUUUUGUCAUCAUUGUUGCUGUUUUGAGAAUUUCCUCCUCUGACAGUCGCAUUAGGACUCUGUCCACCUGCUCACCACAGCUUAUUAUCACUUGUCUUUAUUUUAUGCCACGAUGCUUUGUGUAUUUGGCAAACUAUGUGGGAUACACUUUCAAUAUUUCAGUUCGAACUGUUGUGGUAAUGCUGUACAGUCUUUUACCUGCUGCUGUCAACCCACUGAUAUACUGUUUAAAAACAAAAGACAUCAAGGAAAAUUUGAAAUUGAAGCUAUUGCAAAGAAAAAAAAAUGUUGUUGAGAGUGAGGUUCUGCCUCAAGUGGAGGAGUUCAAGUAUCUCAAGGCAAAUCAGAAGCCAUGGCUGACAGCAGAAGUCUACAGACUCCUGAGAGCCAGAAACACCACCUUCACAGCAGGAGAUCAGGUGGGCCUGAGGGCAGCCAGAAACAACCUGUCCCGAGGCAUCAGAAAGGCCAAGAAGCAGUAUUCCAGGAAGAUAGCUCAUCGCUUCAGUGACAGCAAGGAUACACGGAGUCUGUGGCGGGGAAUACAGACCAUCAUGAACUACAAGCCAGCCCCACAAACCUGUGACAGCACAACCUCUACACUGAAUGAGCUGAAUGACUUCUUUGCUUGGUUUGAAGCAUGUAACAGCACACCUGAACAGAAACUCUCCCCCUCUCCCAAUGACAAGGUGCUGACGCUGUCCACCGACAGUGUAAGGCGAUCAUUCAUCAAGAUCAACGCCCGAAAAGCUUCUGGUCCUGACAACAUACCUGGUCGUGUGCUGAAGGACUGUGCAGCAGAACUUGCAGCGGUCUUCACGGAUAUCUUUAACAUCUCGCUGACCCUCCUGCUCCUGCCUCAAUGA